AGGGGGUAAAAUAAAAUCGCUGUAAAAGUAAGCCGACAAACGUCAGAUAGAACAACAUAAAAAAAUAUAUCCAUCACGAUGGAGGAAGAGUUGCGUUGCCCGGCGUGCAAGAGCUUCUACAGCGAGCCGGUCCUGUUGCCGUGCUGGCACUCCCUGUGCCUGGGCUGCGCGGUCGGGAUCCAGGACUCGGCCCCUGAAUCCUCGAGCGCCGAUUCGACUGGUUCCGCCGGCAGCACUGCCAGCAACGGCCCGGUCUCGGCGGCCUCGGACCAAGAGGCCGACAAAUUGUCGAUCCUCUCGGAGACGGACUCCGGGGUGGUCUGCAGCAGCGGCAACUCGACGGGCUCGUCCAGGCCCGGUAGCUACGUGGGCACCCCGGGCAACGGGGGCUGCUUCCCGCCGAGCGGGGGUACCCUGUGCCUGUCGUGCCCCGUGUGCCAAAAGACGGUGUUUUUCGACGAUGGCGGUGCCCACAACUUGCCCAAGUACCGGGCCAUGCAGAGAAUCGUCGACAAGUACGUCGAGGCGAAGAACGUCAAGCUCAUGUGCCAGAUGUGCGAGAAGGAGCCAAAGGAGGCGACUGUCGCUUGCGACCAGUGCGAGGUGCUCUACUGCGACAGCUGCCGCGAGUCCUGCCACCCGAAGCGUGGCCCCCUGGCAGCGCACAACCUCGGUCCGGCCCAGGCGAGCUGCUGGGCCAACGGCAGUCGCAGCAGCCGUGGCGGCUCCCUGGGCCACGACAACGGCAACCCCGGCUGCCCGGAGCACGCGGGCGAGAGCCUCAGCCUGUACUGCGCCCUGUGCAAGGUAGCCGCGUGCGGCCUCUGCCUACGCGACCGGCGAUGCGCGACCGUGCAUCCCCACGACGUCUUGCCCCUAGCUGCAGCCUGCAAGGCCCAAAAG